GUUUUCUUUUCUUCUUCACUUUCGGUGCUUCUUCCAACACCUUCUUAUCUUCCUCUUCUGUUUUAAGUUACAAUGAAAGGUGGAAAAGGAAAAGGUGCAUUGAGAAAAGAAACAAGGUCGGCGUUGAAGCCUGUUGAGGACCGAAAGAUGGGGAAGAGAAAAGCCACAUUGAAGGACGAUAAAAAGAAGGUCACAAAGGACAAAAAGGCAAAGAAAGAUCCUAACAAGCCUAAGAGGCCUCCUAGUGCCUUUUUCGUAUUCCUUGAGGAAUUCAGGAAGACAUUUAAAAAGGAGAAUCCUAAUGUGAAGGCUGUUUCAGCUGUCGGGAAAGCUGGAGGAGAAAAGUGGAAAUCUUUGAGUGCAGCUGAAAAAGCACCAUAUGAAGCCAAAGCUGCAAAAAGGAAGGCCGAGUAUGGAAAGCUCAUGAAUGCUUACAACAACAAGCAAACGGAAAGUUCAGAUGAUGAGGACGAAGAAGAAAAAGAAGAAAAAGUAAAAAAGUCAAAGCCUGAGGUACAUGAUGAAGAUGCGGAGGACAGUGGGCAGGGCGAAGAAGAGGAAGAGGACGACGAAGACGAAGAGGAUGAAGAUGAUUGAAGCUAUGUAACUUCUGGCUUGCACCGUUGCCUUGGUCCAUGACAUGCAUGCUUCAAACAUAAUAGUUUUUGUACUUCUGUCACCUAAACAUAUGUAUUUUCUGUUACCUAGUUGAGUUUUGCAGUUUGCUGAAACUCUUAAC